AUGGCUCCUGCUAAGCUUCUCUUCGCCGUCGUCGUCGCGCUUCAGGCCUCCGCGAUCCUCGCGCAGACGUGCUCGUGCGCCGACUGCGAGACGGUGGCGCCUCCCUGCUACGCCAGCAGUGUCGCAUGUUCCCCCUUUCCCCACACCCUUCCUGACCUCCCCCUUCCUCCCCUCUCCUUUUCCCCUCUCCUUUCCCCCCUCCCGUUUCCCCCCUCCCGUUCCCCCCUUCCCUCCUGCUGUGCCUGCUGGUGGUGGUACGCAUGGUGGAUCAAGGACUACUGCAGCUCGGAGACCCUGUGGAACAGCGUGCAGUCUUCAAGCGACGUGCGCAGCAGCGUGCUGGCCGUGUGGGGCCCCGGCACAUCCGGCGCCAGCAGCAGCUUCCAGGACUACAUGCUCAUGGCGGCCAACAACCGCCGCAACCCCUCUUGCGUCAAGACGUACCUGCUGGACUGGAUCAAGUGCAAGGCUGCGCCCACCGAAUCGGCCGUUCAGUUUUACAACUCGGCGCUGUGCGUGGGGGUGAGCGGGGUGAAUGAUGUGCGGUCGCUCAACACGUUUGUGACGGCGGUGAUCAAGAAGAUCGACCAGACCGUCUUCAACACGCUCGCUGCCAUGCUCAGGCAGCGCGGCCUGCAGGCUCAGGUCGUGAUGGCGGGAGCGUGGUGCUAG